AUGACGCAUCAGCUGAUUGCAGCGUUCCAGAAAGCUGCUGUUUCCGUCCGUUCCACCAUGCCGGCGGAUUUAGCCAAAUGGAACACGCCUGAUAAAGAGCCCAACGCGAAAAGGAGAACAGCCAUGGUCGGUUAUUACUACUCUACGUCGCUGCUAUUGCUCGUUUGUAUUGGCAUCAGUAGUCGCACAACUGCUGAUAACCUGCCUACAUGCCAACCCAGAGAUUUCCAUUACGAGUUGACUGAAUGCGACCCUACGACGGGCGGUCGCUGGAGGGUAUCCGUUCCGGCGGCUGGAGUCUGCACUGGUGGGGCACCCAACGCACCCGUCCGCCUUCAAGAUUGCUCGUUGACUUGCAAAUCGGGAGAGUACUUUGAUCUGGAGCUGCUUCAAUGUCACGAUUGUCCGCCCGGAACGUACUCUCUCGGCGGAAUGGUACGUCAUGAAAUUUGGGACCAACUUCCAGACGGAUUCUCCGUUUUGGUUGAACCGCUCACGUCGCGUUCCUCCUUUUCCAUGCUGGAACGUGAGAGAUCUUUUACCAACUGCUCCAAAUCAGAAUGGCAAACUCGAGGGGACUAUAUCGCUUUCCCCGGAGGUUCUUGCGUCGCCACUCUCGUCUACACAGUCCGUCUCAUCCAAGCAGGAGCGUUGCGCUAUACGUAUCAAUACCCCGAUGAUGACACUAUCUUUGAAUUCCAGGCUCAGAAUGAACUGUGCCAAAGCGUGUCGGGUGGUGGUGAUGAAAUCCGCUGGCCAACUGUCACGGAAGAAGGCAAGUGGAGGACGAGCAAGUCCAUUCAGCUUCCGGCUGGACUCAACGUACUCCAAUGGAAAGCGAUGGGUAUCUCUGGUCGCCAUCAGACGAAACCGCUACUCAUCAAAUCGAUCGAAGUGAGCGGCGUGGCUGAUCCAGCCGUUUCGACGGGUUGCACUCCCUGUCGUAAUGGAACUCACGCACCGGGCCCACGUUCUCGUCAAUGCCAAGAUUGCCCGGCUGAUUCUUAUUCAGGCAGAGGGGCCACCCAAUGUACUCGAUGUGAUGUCAAGACUUCGUACUCUACGCCGGGCAGCGGAAGAUGUCACAAACGACCACCAUGCACUCAAAAUGAUUAUUUCGAAGUUCAUUCAGCGUGUGAUGAAAGAAACAAUACGCUCGUGACGUAUCAAUGGGUGGAGCCUCGUACUUGUCGCGAUGAUUUACCUUCGUCGGCCAAGUUGCCGUCGGGUGCCGAACGUCGGAAAUGCCCGCCGUGUAACCCAGGGAUGCAGAUGGAUUACACUUCGGGCACUUGUCGGUUUUGUCCAUCUGGAAGCAUUUCGGACGGAAUACGACCCUGUCGAUCAUGUCCACCAUCCACAGCGCCUAAUACAGGAUUCCAAUUUAUCUGGUGGAGCGCUCUGCCGGGAGUUAUGUCUGCACGCUGCAUGAGUUUAGAAGGCUACACUGGAACUGGGUGCACCACGGCCGCCGCUUGGUUGACAUCUGGUGAUCACCUGAGAACGGGGCACGGUCACGCUCCCGACUCGUAUCUCAUAUUGUCCCUGAAAAUUGACAAAGGAUUUCGGGCUGGUCGAGGCACUGUGUCAUUCACAUUCCAACUCGAUUGUGAAGGAGAUUGCCAAUUUGUUUUUAUGCAGAGUUCUCCUGCCAAAGGCAUCUCAGUGAUCCAGACGUGGAGUGGUCGUGCACCCAAGCAACAUUUUAGUUAUUCGAUUCCGCAAAACGGAUCGUAUACAUUCAAUUGGGCAUUCCAGAAGCAAGCCUGGUCUCAAGACGGAAUGAUACCUUACAGCGCCGCUGGCGUGCAGCGGUUGAGGCUAUUUGACACGGAUAGCGCCCGGAUCGAUAGUAUCAACGUGACCAACACAAUAGAAGGAGGUGCGUCCGUUUGUUUGCCUUGUGCUCAGGGAGCCGAUGCGUCCGGCUGCAUACCUUGCCCACCUGGACACUACACCGAAGCCUCGACGACUCGUUGCCAGCCGUGCCCUGCCAACACGGUCGUACUGGAUCCAGCAGCGGUCGGUCGAUCAGCUUGUAUCAACUGCGGACCUGGUCUUAUUAGCACCGAUGGCAAAACGUGUACCACUGAUUGUACCCCAACUGUCAACGGUACACGUUACGAUCUCCGUAAAAUCGGAAGUGCGUUCCACGAAGUGCGGGGCAGUUUACUUUUCACCGCUUCGGGCAUGCAGUACUUUCACGUGUUUAACAUAAGCCUUUGUGGCAAGGUGCCAGUCAAUUGUGCCAACAAUAUCACGUUCCAGUCUGAGGGCGAGCCUAAAUCAGUGAAAGCGUUAGUGUGCCGGACCACGUUGAUUCCGUCUCAGAGUUUAGAUGCGUCAGGCGGAAGCAGUCCUCUGUCAACACAAUCAGUGACGCUAGGAGAUCACCUGCUUGGCAUCACAAACGAAGCCCAAUUCGGUGAUACGCGGGUUCUUGAAGAGUUCUACAAUUCCAAAGACUUGCAUGUCUUCUUUGGCACUCCAACGGCGACUAAAUCAUGCCCGAAAGGCAGGACGACGACGGUGACGUUACGUUGCGAUGCCGAUCAGCCAGGAGCUGGCCAAGUGACUUUACCUUCACGUUGCCCGGACGGUACUUGCGACGGGUGUCAUUUCCAUUUCCUCUGGUCAUCCAGUACUGUUUGUCCCAUUUGUGGCGCACAGGAUAUCAAGGUGGUCAAGAGCGAAUGCAUAGCUGGAGAGCAGAACGUUCAUUACCUGGCGCCCAAGUAUUGCCUUAUGGCUGAUGACGUGCCUGGCACCAAGAAAGUACCUUGUUCCACACAAAUCCCGUUUGUGGUACAGCUGAUUAUUAUGGGUUGCGUUGGAACGGCCAUCCUUCUUUGCCUGACCGUGUUCAUCUGCUGGAAGCGCAACCGUCGGCUCGAGUACAAGUACAGCCGUCUUGCCAGACAGCGAUCGGCUCCAUCGAGCAGCAGUGGAACCGAUACGACUUCGAGUCUCAAAGACAACGGCAACGAAUGCGAGACGGAAAUGGCGGCCGCCGAGAGCUGCGCCCUCGAUGACGACGAAGAGGAAGAAGAGGACGAAGUAUCAGUUACCGUCCCCAUGAAAAGUUUCGGCCUAGUCAACAAAAUACGAUCCAUGACAGCAUACAAGAGCGAGUCGGGCAGCCCAUUCGAAACGAUUCAAUUGACGGAAGCACAAUCUUAGAAUGGAAGGAACGUGGAAAAGAGGCUUGUAUGAAAUUUACGAUUUCUAUAUUUACCUAUUCAUUUUUAUGUCAUUUGAGAAACAUGGCUUGAGAUUGUAUUUCUUUGUAACCACAACCAAAACAACAACAACAACAACAAAAUAUAUCAUUUCCAAUCUUCAA